UGAAUAAUAGAACAAGCUCGUGUUUCAAUACCUGCAAACUCACUCGCUUCCUGUGUUAGCGCAAACCACAUCCGCCGCUUGACUAAAUGGAAUCGAGGACUAGAGCGAGCGAGCGAGAGAGAGACACACACACAUUCAAAAAAAUAGGAGGCUGUGUGUAUUUUAAACGCAGCAUGGUUCGAAAUUAAUCUUUUUUCUAGCGUCGUCUAAAAGUUUACGGGUCAAGACGUCGUCGAAAGCCGCAGUUCCAGCGGUCGGAGCCCCGCGAGGCCUUGCCCGUGUGGUUAAAGGGAGCCCGAAGAGGACUCGUAGUGACGGGCUGGCUGCUUCCUUCUCUCCGCGACCAUGACAAGAUGGGACUAAAGUGAAACUUUUUGCCACCCGCCGUCUGAAGCCACCCCAGCGAAUUGCUGGUCUCUGCUGAGCAUCUCGCCUUCUGUUAUCUUUCCGUGACACACCCCAGCCGACAGUCAAGCUACAAAUAAGAGAAGAUGGACGUCUGACGGAGGGACCAGUGGGUGACACAAGACUUUUCUCACCUUCCCGCCAGAGGCCAUGGCGGCCCUCAAACGGCACCAUGACGGGAAGAUCGCCGGGCUGUACGACCUGGACAAGACACUGGGCCGAGGACAUUUCGCUGUGGUCAAACUGGCCCGGCAUGUCUUCACUGGAGAAAAGGUGGCGGUGAAGGUGAUCGACAAGACCAAGCUGGACACUGUGGCGCGAGGUCACCUUUUCCAGGAGGUGCGAUGCAUGAAGCUGGUUCAGCACCCUAAUGUGGUUCGCCUGUACGAGGUCAUCGACACGGCCACCAAGCUUUACCUCAUCCUGGAGCUGGGGGACGGCGGGGACAUGUUCGAUUGCAUCAUGAAGCACGAAGGAGGCCUCAGUGAGGAAGUGUCCAAAUGUUACUUCGCCCAGAUCGUACAUGCCAUCUCCUACUGCCACCGGCUGCACGUGGUCCACCGGGACCUGAAGCCAGAGAACGUGGUGUUCUUCGAGAAGCAGGGCGUCGUCAAGCUCACCGACUUCGGCUUCAGCAACAGGUUUCAGCCGGGGAAGAAGCUCAACACCUCUUGCGGCUCUCUGGCCUACUCCGCUCCUGAGAUCCUGCUAGGGGACGAAUAUGACGCUCCCGCUGUCGAUAUCUGGAGUCUGGGUGUGAUUCUCUUCAUGCUGGUGUGCGGUCAGCCGCCCUUCCAGGAGGCCAACGACAGCGAGACGCUCACCAUGAUCAUGGACUGCAAAUACACGGUGCCCCCGCACAUCUCCGGAGCUUGCCGAGAUCUUAUUGGCCACAUGCUCCAGCGGGACCCCAAAAAGCGGGCCACUCUGGAGGAGAUCGAGAACCACGCAUGGCUCCAAGGUGUUGACCCGUCGCCGGCCACGAAGCUGUCCACGCCGCUCGUGUCCCACCGCAGCUUGCUGGAAGAAGAGCACAGCUCCAUCAUCCAGCGCAUGGUGCUGGGUGGCAUCGCGGACCGAGAUGCCAUAACUGAGGCUCUGGAGUCCAAUCAGUACAACCACAUCACAGCAACUUACUACCUGCUGGCCGAGAGGAUGUUGAGGGAGCGGCAAGAGAAAGAACAGCACAGCCAGACGCGAUCGCCCAGCCCCAGCAAGGCCCAGUUCAGGCAGUCCUGGCCCACCCGGGUGGACGUCCACCAGGAUGUCAGCGACGGAUUAGGGGGUCCGGCCAUGUCACACCCCGGGGGCCCCCAGUCCCCCGCCCGCAGCGCCGAGAGCCUCCACAAAGGCCCCCGACCCAAAACGGCUCUGCUGGACCUCAGUCAGAGGCAGGACAACCAGCAGUUAGCCGGUCAGAACCAGGACAAGGGGCUCCGGCCUCUCUCCAAACCCCACACUAAUCCCCUCAGACUGAGCUCUCUGACCUCAGGGGGGCCCUGUAAAACCCGCAGUUGCAGCCUUUUCAGCGUCGAGGAGGACGAGGAAGAAGAGGGGGAGGACCAGUGUUCCCCCUCCGCUCCUCCCGCCCAAGUGGUGCUCCGCUCCAAAGGCUCGUCGUCCCUUGCCUCGUCUCGUAAUCGGCUGACAUCCCGCAUGAGCGCUCCUGUUCUCAACCAGAUCCACGAGGAUGAGAAAGGCGAGGAUGAGGAAGAGGAGGGGGAAUUAAAAGGGCUUGGCCUGACCAAGCCCAGCCUCAGCCUCAAUCUGAACUCCAGAACAGCGUCGUCCCCGUCACCUAAAAGCACGGGUUCGGCGGCGGCAGCGCCCGUCAUCACCGUGACGCCCUCCUCGGAUUCGAGCGACGAAAACACGGAGAGUCGGCAGCCGUCGGACGCGGCGGUCGGCGAGGGUACCGAGCACGGCGAGAAAAGGGCGGCUGCCCAGGACAGCGCCUCUCACUGCGCCAGCCCCGGGUCCAAUUCGGGCCAAGGCAAGAACUCAGCCAAAGCUUCAACCGGCCUGGUGGAAAGCUUAAAAUUGAUGAGCUUAUGCUUCAGCUCGCAGUUCCACAACCUGACGGGCGGCACGGGCGGAGGGACGCCCGGCAACGGUCCGGCGGGCAUCGGCGGGGAUCCUCAGGAACGCCCCGUGUGGAGGAUGUGCGUGGGGGGCUCCACUGGGAGCCUAGACAAGGUCUCCCUUCUUGGGGGUCCGUCGCCACGGGGAAACCUGUACCAGCAGCCGCCCCCUUUGGGGGACCCCCUGGCCGACCCCCUGCUGGAAGGCUCCUGCUCGGGGACCCUGAUGCUGGGGGAGCUGGACCUGGCCCGGGGGACUCACAGGAACAUGAAGAACCGCGCCCUGCAGAUGCCUCUGAGCGACAAGACUCUGUCGGUCAAUAUCCACCGCAGUCCUAAAGAGGGUCUGCUGUGCACCCCCACCCCUCACAGCUGCUGCCAGGUCAUCUAGGGUGAGGGGGGACGGUCGGGGGCAGCGCCACACUCCUUCAGUCAUGGUCUUGCUCUCAUCCAGGCGUGGACACACAUGUUUAUGGAAAUCUGUUUGAGCACUUAUUCAAUAUCCUUGAUAUCCAGCUUAAAGGAAAAUUCCGGUGGUUUGGAGUAACAUUGUAUCCAAUAGGUCAUGUAAUAUGUACUCUAUCUUGAUAAUGUGAUGUUAAAUCCUCUCAUUUAAUAGUGUCGCCAAUUACGAAUUAUGUCGAGUCCCGUCUAAUCAAGUAUUUGGAACGGCACGGUACACGUCACAUUCGCGCACGUAGGUCAUGUGACUCGCGGAAAUGGCGCCACCACUGAAAAUUCGUAAUUGUCGAUAAAAAUCUUCUCAAGACACCAUUCAAUGAGAGAGGAUUGGAUACAUUGUUACUCCAAACCACCGGAAUUUUCCUUUCCGGUCUCUUCACUUGUCUGCUCUUUGUCCGCAUUUGGAAAACAAUUCACCGGACUAGCUUUUUGCUUAUUUGCCCACAACAUGGCGUCAAUGCACCUCAACUUGCUUCAACGUGGUACCUUGGCAUCAAGAUGGUGCCAAAGCAAUAACUUAAUUGGACAACAUUUUACUAGUUACUUCGAAUACGUCACCAAUGAUAUUAGUAACAUGCAAAUGUCAAUUAUUCCACAGUUGUCCUACUAGUGGUAAAGAAAGAGCCAUCCUACUAGUUCCCUGACCUCGUAGUACAUGGACCUCAAGGUGGAUAUCAAGGAUAUCAAAUAAAUACUUGAAAAAAUUUCCAUUCACGGUCACACUUGCCAUUUCUUUUUAUGGCGGAUCUCCCGGGAGGCGAUCCAAACGCUGACCUUACACAUUUGGAGACGCUGUGGCCUGUCUACUUUUUUUUUAACUAUUUCUUUUAACAGAGAAAAAAAAAGAGGCAUUAAGUGCACUAAUGUUAUGCCCAAGGUCUGUACACAGUCAUUUAUGUAAUAUACGUGCACACACACACACACUGAUAUUACUUGCUGUUCAAAGGAGCAUCCGGGCAGUUUUCAUCUCUCGUUACAUUUUGUUGCACUGUGCUAUUUUAAAUGUACCUGUUUUUAAAUUAUUUUUUAAAACGUUUGUGUUUUUUUGUUGAUUUAGAAAAAAACAAAACAUUUAUGAUGACUGAAAGCGUGCUUUCAUGAAAAUGGGCACAGAUGAAAAGAGUCAAGUAGUUAUGAUGGCCCACAGUAUUUUGUAGUCCAUCACUUUUAUUUUUCUAACUGGAGUGUCCGCUCUAUGUAAAAAAACGAAAAAAAAAGAAAAGAAAAACGAGCCUGCACAAGCCAAUGUGCAGGAGACAUAUUGUACAUAUGUAAAUAAGACUCCUAAGCACUUCAUAGUGUUGACGUAUCACCAUAGAAAACACACCAUUACUCCUCUCUUCCUGCUGGAUUAUUUAAACUCCCACAACUUGAAGUGACUCAGACUGGAAGUGAAACAAAACAAACAAACAAAAAAAUACAUUACACACAUGUACAUACUUGUACAUGUGCCAAAAAUGGCAGCUUUUUAUCUUAACAUUCUAAAGGGAAUUCAGUGGGUGGAAAAGAACUUGCGCGCAUCCAGAUGUUUUACCGUGAUCGCGGUAGCCGCUGUUGUAGCCUCAUUCCAAAAAAAAAGUAAACAACCCUAAUUGGGAUGGAGGGGGCGUGAGGGGGGGGAGGGUCCUCCUCUUAUAGCUCAUGACAACAGUUUCCCCCCCGACGCUAUGUGUAAAUGAAGGUGUGACUUACCCUGGUGGAAUAUAUAUCUUGACAGUGCAUGUGUUCUUGCUGUAGCAACCUACAAUCCACCUGUAGUGUGUGCAUGUGUGUGUAUACAAACCAAGCGAGACAGAGAUAUCUAUAUAUAGAGAGAAAGAUGGAUAGAUAUAAUGCAUAAUAAAACACACACACCCACACACUACCGUACUACCUAAAGGACAGCCGAACGAAAUGGUCACUUUAUUCUGUAGCCACACAGCAAUACCAGCGACUGCAAAAUGUACAACAAUAAUGGAUGUGCCAUAAGUGUUGAGCAUAUUGUACUGUAUGUAUAUGAUAGAGAUAUAUUAGAAUAAACAGGUGUGAAUGAAGGGUGU